GCAGAGCUGUUCCAGAGAAUGUGCGAACUGUUAGGAAUUGACAAGACUCGAACAACCGCGUUGCAUCCACAAUCUGACGGAAUGGUUGAACGAUUCAAUCGAACUCUGGAAAACCAGCUUGCGAUAUUUGUCGAACAAAAUCAAAGAGACUGGGAUAGGUGGAUACCAUUUCUAUUAUUGGCGUAUCGAACAUCAAUUCACGAGAGUACGAAGCAGACACCAGCAUGUCUUAUGUUUGGUCGAGAGGUGAGGUUGCCAAUUGACCUGUUGUAUGGUCGACCCCCUGAACCAGUGUUACCAAGUACAGUGGAUGAUUAUGUCAGUAAUCUAAGGGGAAAGUUAGAAGAAAUCCACAAGUUUGCACGCAUUCAGAUGUGUGUCGCCAGCGAUCGAAUGAAACUUCGCUAUGAUGUUGGUACGACGAAAGCCGUCUUUUCUGAAGGAGAUGCUGUCUGGCUAUACAACCCAAAAUGGAGAAAAGGUGUAUCCCCCAAACUUACUUGUGACUGGGAAAAGGACCUUAUGUUGUUCUUAAAAGAAUUAAUGAACUGUUGUAUAGAGUAA